UUUCUAGGUGAAGGCCCCCUCCUGCUACAGCCUGGAAAACACGAAUUUCCAUUCAGCUUUCAACUUCCAUCCGAACCGCUGGUCACCUCGUUCACUGGGAAGUACGGCAGCAUUCAGUACUGCGUGCGGGCGGUUCUGGACCGACCCAAGGUACCUGAGCAGAGCGUCAAGCGGGACAUCCAGGUUGUCAGUCACAUCAAUGUCAACACGCCGGCCUUACUGACCCCCGUAUUGAAAACUCAAGAGAAAAUGGUUGGCUGCUGGUUUUUCACUUCCGGUCCAGUGUCGCUGAGUGCCAAAAUCGAAAGGAAGGGAUACUGUAACGGAGAAGCAAUCCCGAUCUACGCGGAAAUAGAGAACUGCUCGUCUCGUCUGGUUGUUCCCAAAGCUGCUAUUUUCCAAACCCAGACGUACUUGGCCAGCGGGAAGACGAAGACCGUCCGGCACAUGGUCGCCAGCGUGCGGGGCAACCACAUCGCCUCCGGGAGCACGGACACCUGGAACGGGAAGAUGCUCAAGAUCCCGCCCGUCCCCCCGUCCAUCCUGGACUGCUGCAUUAUCAGAGUCGACUACUCCUUGGCUGUAAGCGAGCUCCUCUCAAGUCAAGGGGGCAGAGAAGGGAGAGAGACCCAGAACCACAACACCAGCAUCGUCAGCCAGUUCAGGAUGGAUCUGAGCUGGCUGGCGCGGACGCUGCCCGAAGAGCCCGAAGCUCCGCCCAAGUACGCAGACGUGGUGUCAGAGGAAGAAUUCUCCAGACACGUCCCCCCUUAUCCGCAGCACCCCAGCUGUGAGGGGGAAGCAUGCUGCCCUGUGUUCGCUUACACUCAGGAAUUCUGGUUUCAGCCGCCUCCUCUAUACUCAGAGGUGGAUCCACAUCCUAGUAGCAGAGAAGAGACCCAGCCCGUUUCCUUCAUCCUCUGACCAGAUUCCAGAAAUCACUGUGAUCGUCAUCGAAUGCGGUUCUUCUCCUUCUUGCCUUUUUGGGGGAAAUUCACUUAAGAACAUAAAUGACCAUCAGCACCAAGAAAUUAAAGAAAACGUGAACUUUCCAGUGGGCGAACAGGAUUGUCCCACGAGUUUCUGACGUGGCCGUACGUCCCCUUAAAAUAACGGGGUGGCGACGUGAGAAGUCCCAGAACGCGACGGAAGUCCUGGUGUGGCAGCGUGGGUGACAGGUAGCCCGCGCUGACGUGAGAGAGUGGCCGGGGCAGCCUGUGCGGACCUGCCUCAGGGGGACAGCACAGCCCGCUGGGAGGGGACUGCGCCUCGGAGCAGGUGGCCGCGCAGGGGUGGCGGGGAGGGCUCGAGGCCCACGGAACACGAAGCGAGAGCUCCCGGCGCCGUGGUCGUCAGGAUUUCUCCUGGGUCCCCUGGGACCGUAGCCCUGGAACAAAUUCUCUCGUGAGGUCCCGACGAGGUGACUGGGAUUUCACUCUAUCAGCGAGAGCUUCAAACGGCAUUUCUAACUGGGCAGUAAGUACAGUGUUCCAAAGCCGGGAGACAGUCCUCUAAAGGCUCGUCAGUUCAGAGCGGAAAAAGGAAUUUCAGGGUGGAAAGACUUGGUCAAAGGCUGCUUUUCCCUCCCUUUCGGUACUAAAACAGGAUACGUGUUUGAUUCUCCUCAUGUCUUAUUCACCAAGGACGGGGGGACAGCAGGUCGCAUCCUUCCUCUCGUGGGUGGUCAGCCUCGUUUGCAAACUCGGCCUGAGACGUCCUCUCUGGACUGUCUGCUGCCUCCCCGGUCACCGCAUCUGGACCCGCCCCAGGGGAAAAGCCCGCACGGCCAGCGUUAGGUGGACGUUAACAUCUGUGUACCAAAGGGUAUUUCAAAACAAAUGCAAAAUCCAAAGAGGGUAGAAAUGCCGUUUUUUAAAAAGGCCCAAACUUCAUUCCUGUCAGGAGACGCAGAUCCACUGAUGGUGGUCACUGCCUUGUACCUUGUUCCCGAUUCUUUAGUGACACCUUUCAAGCUGUGAUUUCGUUUAUUGUUUUGGUGCAAUAUGUUAUCAUCAUUUAACCUCAGGAUUUUCAGACCAACGGGAUUGUGUUGCUGCUCAAAGUCCGAGGAGUGUUUCCACUGUCCCCCCGCCCCCUCCUCCUCAUCCACAGUCACACAGUCACUUGCUUUUCCUCUAAUCUGUUGGUUUUGGAAGCUGAGGGCAUUUCCAGGCGCUGGGUGAAGGGAGACAGAAAUUCCCCUGAGGGAGAUUUUGGACAGGCCAAGGACUUUGGUCUCCUCCAUGUCCUAAGGCAGUGGUCCCCAACCUUUGUGGCACCAGGGACUGGUGCUCCUAUGAGAGUCUCAUGCCUGAGGGUCUGAGGCGGAGCUGAGGCGGUGAUGCUGGCGCUGGGGAGCGGCUGCAGACACAGAUGAUGCUCCGCUCGCUCGCCCGCCCCGCACCUCCUGCUGUGCGGCUCAGUUUCUAAUGGGACAUGGACCGGUACCGGUCCGUGACCCGGCGCUUGGGGACCCCUGCUCCGAGGGACUGAUCUAGAAGCCCCAGUGCUUCUGAUGCAGAAUAUGGCACUUGACUCCACGGAAGAGUUAAGUUUUCUUUCAAUCGGCGUGUCCAGUGAGAAACAGAAACAUUCUUCCAAGGUUAAAUUUCGUAUUUAAAAAUUAGUCGCCUAUUUGAUCAGGGAUUUUUCUACAAAUAUUAGGUAAAUUUAUACUUUCCCCCCGUCUGGACGGAACUCUGCCACCAUUAAGUAUUGUACACAUCUCUUUCAGUGUAAAGCCACUGUUUAAAAUCACAAUGUAAACCUGUUACUGAAACUGCCACAAAACUCUCCUCCCUGCUUUGGUUUUUCAUUUUGCCUGUUCUGUGCGUGUGCACACGCGUGCGCGCACUUUUAAACUGGUGUGUGUAUUUAAGCCCUGUCCAAACGGCUUCAGUGUUACUUGAAAAGAGCUCAUCCCCCACGAUUCGCUGACUUCUAAGCUGUCGUCUACACGCCCCGUCAAGACCUGGGCCGUCUCUCCGAUGCCAAAGCAAAGCGAAGAGACGAAGCGGCAUGAAGGAGGAGGAAAGUCUCGUAAUUUGGCUCCAGGUAGAAAAGCAACGAUUCGCGGUGACUCCCUCCCCGAGAUGAUCGUCCCGUCCCCUCUUUAGAGAAAUCGUGAAGCGUGGCCCACGCACCGAAAGCUGAGCCGGUGUGGCAGCACGUAAGAGCUUAAAACGCGUGACGCCGCCUCACGGGACCGGCGCCAGCGUCUCUGAACGUGAACAGCGGGUCGGAACCACAUACGUUUCUGUCCUCGAGAUGUGGAAAAUCCUCCAUCGGAACAGAGAAGACUUGGAAAGGAACAUUAACAUUUCAGCUGCUGUAUGUGCUCGCAUAUCCUCGUCAUCUUUAGCUUGAAAAGAAACUGUGGCCUUUGAAUUUUCUUUCCGAUGCCAAAAUUCGGAAAUUGAAAACGCGCAGCUUUUGGCGCACACAGUCCUGCCACGGGAAGAAUGUGACUUUGCUCGUGUUUCUGUUGUUUUGCACAAUGAGAAACUCAGUAGUCAGCGGUUAUGUUUUUGAUAAGUUAACUACGAGGGCCUUUUUAUUUUUAUUAUUAAAAACGUAACGAUUUAACCCACAGGAAAAAAAUAAAAAUAAAGAUCGUAUUUUGUACUCUCGUUUGAACCCCAUGGGUUCUCUUUGAUAAUAAAAUGAUUACCCUGACACUGUGA